GUCUGGUUGCUGGGGCGCGGACGGUGGCAUCUUCAAGCAAGUCUUGCAGGACAACGCCCAGCGGCAGUACGCCGAGAACCGGGCGCUCCUAGACGCGAUGUCGCUCUUCGACGGGCUGUCUGGCCAGCAGAAGGACGUCGUCUGUUCGAGCUUUUCGAUGGACGCGGUGGACGCAGGGCAGCGCGUGGUGACCGAGGGCGAGGCGAGCAACGCCCUGUACUUCCUGAAGAGGGGGGAGCUGCUCGUCUGCAACGGCGGAAGGGUGCUGCCGUCGGGGAAGCUCGAGGGCGCCAAGGAGGUCGACAGGGUGCGCAACGGCGAAUGGUUCGGCGAGAUCUCAGGCGAGCCGCACCAGAACACGGUGGUGGCCGUGGGAGGCAGGGCGCACCUGUUGGUCAUCAGCAGCAGGGACCUCCAGGAGGUGCUGGGCGACAACUUCGGCAGCUACCUGGAGAAGGCCUUCCUCCUCUCGGGCCUCAAGAAGUCGCCGGAGAUCUCCGAGUUCUCGGCGGCGCAGCAGAAGGUUUUCGCCGAGGCCAUGGCGAUGAGGAAGUACGAGGCGGGCGCCCCAAUCGACCAGCGCUUCCGGUUCGCCAUCGUCAUGGAG